AUGGCUCCGUGGGCAAUGUACCCACCGAUGCCAUACGGAUAUCAGCCUUUUCCCUUUGUACCCCCGGCCCCUUUCACCCCACAAUCGAUCCAAGCUCCGACUCCAGCUCAAAUUGAAGCCUUGCCAGAUAACUACGGCCCUGCUUCUGGCACUCCGUCUGGUCGCUGGCCUGAUGGCAAUGGCUUGAUCGACUGCCUGUCUACGGAACUGCCUGACGAUUGGGAUGAUCAGGGCUGGUCGUGGCGCUCAUCUGGCGCACGCAAAAAGGACCUUCCUACAGACGCAUACAGAAUCAACAAAAACAAUUGUCUCGGCGUCUUUCGUUGCCAAUGCAAAGACUCCAAGGGCAAUUUCUCGCGAUUUGUUUGUCCGAAGAAGGAUAAAGGCCCCCGUGAAGCGCAGCAGAACGAUCGCUGUACUCUCUGCCAGGCCAAUCUUGUGCUCAUUCCCUGCACGGCCACUCUGACAGUUUAUCAUUACGAAGACGACAAUGGGGCCGAGCACGUCGUGAAAAAGCACGACGGCUUUCAUGCUCACCCACGUCCACCUGUCCCCCGUCUCACUGCCGCUGAACGCGAGGAGCUGGACGUUCAAGUUCGGUACAAUCCGACUCAAACGGCGCAGCAGCUUCGCAUCGGCGCCGAACUUGGACAAACUUCAAUUGGAGCAAUUAAUACGGCGCUGUACAACUCUCGGAAAGCUCGGGCCGAGGUCGAAAAGAGUCGCAUCCGAAAUGGUCUUGCUGUUCCCAGCCGUGCACGUCAGGCAGGGUUUGAUCUUGUUGAUACAGUGGGCAGCCUAGACGGCAUGUUCGAGACAACGUUCAUUGUCAAGGCGGAGCUACUCACGGGGCAAUACAUCGUCAUGCAGACACCGUUCAUGCGCGACGUUCUGCUCAGGGACCAGAUUACAUCGUGGAAACAUGAGAUUUUCGAAGUCGAGACGGGUCGACACGGCCUUCCAACGGAUGGGAGCCAUGACAUGUUCAAACGAGGCGUUUUACUCAGCUCAUUGGCCUAUUCCCCUGUCCUCUUUCGCUGGUGUUCUGUGCUCUAUACGUGGAUUGGUCGACUUGACGCAGCUCACCAUGCUGAGCAUUACAAGCACGUCAUGAUUUCGGUCGCGGAGGUGUGCUCUCAGGUGCUUCACCAGGAAUUUGAUCCGCAACUCUUGAGCCAGGUUGUGGACUUCUCUAAAGCUCAGCGUAACGGGUUUUUGGAUGCCUUUGUGACUUUCAUGACCUUGCGAAAUCCGGGCUGGCAUAGUCUCAGCAACGAAGCGCGGGAAGCCGAGAAGGAGACCGUGCGCAAGCAAGGCAAAGCGCUGCUCAAAGGAUGUGUUGUCCACUGGAAGCGGUCCGUUCACAAAAUUCGACAAGUGAUCGGCUCGCGUCACACCUACCGCUUUGAUAAUCUGAUUCGAACACUCAAGGGCUCGCAGACCAGUCCCGAGGAAUUCACUCAUGCAGUGGACAGCAUUCGGUUGGAAUUUCCAGAGAUACGACCAUGGCUCUCGUGGUGGACACAGGACGCCAACGCUUCCAUGAUCUUUCCUUGCGUUUCAAAAAUGCCCGCAGAGCUCAGAGCCCGAAUUCCCGACUCAACAAACGCUGUCGAAUCGUCGCACUGGGCUCUCUAUCGUGGUGCAGGAACAAAACACGAUCUUCUGGAGGGUAUACGCCGUGUUUAUGUGUAUCAGCGGGAAACAGAGAAGCUGUACGAGGCUGUUCUUGCGGGUCAUGUAGAUCCCAAGUUUGCAGGUGCACGUCCUGAGCGCAUCUCACACAUUGAUUGGCACGAGAAUGAUGGUCGUGCUCCAGAUACUCGGGCGCGUCUGGAGAUGGUCGAGACGCUCGAGGCUGAGGCUGCAGCAAAAUACGCGAAAAUGACAACGGAACAGCGUUUUGAAGCCUCAAACUCAAGCCCUGCCUCUGCGGUGCAGAAGAUUCAGAUUCUGCAAGCGCCUCAGGGACCCUCGGAGCUUGAUCUGCAGUCCUACGAAUGGGAUCGAAAUUCGUGCUUCCAGGAUGCAUCUCUCGAAGCACUGUUUCGCGCAUUUCGCUUGCUGAGCAACGAUGAUCGUCAGAGCUUCAUGAAGCUUCUCUUCACCGAGGCUCCAGAUUCCAGUCUAUACGACAUCUUUGACCAUUUCCGAACUCGGGGAAUAGCAUCAGGAUUUUUCAAAACCUUCGCUGGCGAAUUAAAGCCAGAUCUGCAUCAUCUAAAAGCUGCUCUAUACUUUGGACAAUCGCGUGCCAAACGCUGGCUUCAGAAAUUAUGGGAUGGUGCCCCCGAUGCGGAUGGAUCCCUUGGCUGCUCACGUACCUGGGUGAAUCAGAUGGUUCGGAUUGCCACGACGUUCAACAUUCAGUCGUAUUUUGGGGUUUCCUACGAGCUCGAAUUUACCUGUGACGCAGCGAACAAGAGCCACGAACGAACGGUUUUCAUCCAACCCAUGCUCGAAUUAGUCUUGCGAAAAGACGACAUCGUAAUUGGAACGCGCUCCUGGUCAGGCUCCGGCUCACCAUCCUUGUCGCAUCACAUUUCACGGAUGACACUCUACGAUCCUCUGAAACCUAGCGAUCCACUUCACAAUUCGGCAACACAGAGAUGCAGCGUUCAGAAUCACUGCAAGGCAGCGCCAACCUCAAUCACAUCUGUAUUCCCACUGUUUCUCCGGGUUGUUCUUGAUCCACUCGUUCAAACUUCGCAGAAUGGGAGCUUCGAUUGGAGAGGAGUUCACUGCAUGAUGCCAAAUUUCGACCGGACGCUUCACAUCGGGUCAAUUUCGUACGAACUGGCUGCUGUUGUCAGAUACGAGGAGGGCGAGGUUGGACACUUCACAACAUCAACUGUUAUUGGUCCGACUGCCUUUGUCUAUGACGAUACAAAACAGAAGGGUCUCCUUCAGGCUGUCGGACCUGCUUCGGAGAUUGAACGAUAUGAUCCUCGUGCGGUCUAUCUCAUGUAUACUCGAACCAGCGCAGAAUCGAGAUACAAACGCUCAUGUGCCGAAAUUGCCGCCGAUUUUAAUCUGCGUCCAUCUGUGGAUACUGGCGAGAAUCCCGCGUCUCUCAUUGACCGUACCCCAUCUCGUGGCGUCGAAGAAAUGCCUGAGUGGUUUCAUGAAGAGCACAGCAACAACGGCUGGGAUUCGUGCUCUGAGGCUGAUCUCAACUACCUCUUGAACAACCCAGAUUCCGAUUUUGCUCCUCAAACCUGCACGGCAUCUGACGGCGACGUCGACGAGAUGAUCCUUGCCACUCUGGAUAAAGAGUCGCAUCGUCAGAACCGCCCGAUCUUCACUCCAGAGAUGGAUCUUCCGCCAAUUACAGCUUUUCGUUCAAGUCGAGAUGAAGUGGCAGACUCAGUGUUGGAGGGAAGCAUCUAUCUUCCACCUCGGGGCUCUCCAGCAAACUCCGAUGGUCCGCUACACCUCCGAUGUGACGGAUGCAAGGAGGAGGUGGACGAUGCAGAUGAAUCUACACGGGCAGGUACAGCCGUAACGGAGUGCGAACAUUGUCGAAGGUGGUCGCAUAUUGAAUGCCUUGAUCCCACUGUUGACUGGGAAUCCGAUGAUACGCACUUCAUUUGCACUCACUGCCAGUAUCCACCAAUCGGAACGAUUAUCCCGGCCCCCUUCCCCGAUCCCACAGAUCCUCUGAUUCCCGACUCGAAGUUCUAUCCUGCUGUGAUCCUCAAGCGCUGCGUAGAUCGGAAGUGGGAGGAUGAUGAGUACGAACUUCGGUGUUAUAGAUACACUGAGCGGUUGACUCACAAUUCAAAGAUUGGAGAGCUCAGACUCCCUAUCUCCAUGUGCAAAACCCCCGGCAUUCACGAGGGAUCGUUCCUGAGCAGAGAGCUCGAAAAGAGCAUCCCUGCGAUCGUCGAUGUUCUCAUUGCCUGGAACGGGGCAGAGCACGUGGUGAUCAGGAGCUGGCAGGAAUAUGCAGCGGCUCAGCGUCGUAAGAAAAAGAAGGUUGAAAUGAGCAAAUGGGCUGAUAGGUUUUUCUUCUGGAUGACGGGCGAGCUGCUACAGAUCUUCCCCGGUCUCGCAGAGAAGUUAUUCAAAGCCGAGGGGCUUUCGGCUUUAACUGCAGCGCAACGACACGAGCGGGUGUACAUCGGAGGGAUCCUGUUUCAUUUUCUCUUCAUUCAGAGAGAGUUGAAGGAGCCGAUGGAUGUCGGAGGCACUACGUUCGAGGACUUUCUCAACGGCCACAUUGUCCCAGGUCAUCACAUCGAGGAGGCAGCGGCUGUUAUCAAGGUCAUGCGCGAGAUCCAGAUGAAAGGCGAGGACGAAACGAUGGACGAUCACGAGAAACGCUUCUUCACGGAGCACUGCGGCUACGACCCCCACAUCCAUAUCCCGGUCUACCGCCGCAUUGGAGGCAAGGCGCCAAAGUACGCACUGAUUCCGGCCAAGGGAAGACAGCGGCACAAGCGCAACCUGGAAGAAAUAAUCUCCGAUGGUGAGCGCGAGCAAAGCGCAAAGAAAGCGCGGGGACAGUCCAGGGCAAAGGGGCGCCGAGGCAAAGCGAAGAGG